UCUUCUUCAUAUUAAAAGCAUUUUCACUACUUUUUCGAAAGUUGCCUUGGCUGCAACCAUGUCGAUAGAGUCGUUAUCUAUCCCUCAAACUCUCACCCUUAAAAGCUCUUUAGUUAAUGAACCUGUAAGAAAAUCAACAUGGAGACCCCUCAAAUCCUCGGAUUUUCAAAGGGUCCCUCCAAAAAGCAGAAAUUUCUCAGCAAGGUCUAGUGUGAGCUUCGAGAAUGGCGGAUACAAACAGUUCCCGAAUGGGGUCGGUGAAAAGGAUGGAGUAAUCAUCGUGGACCAUGGCUCGCGCCGUAGAGAAUCGAAUCUUAUGCUAAAUGAGUUUGUAGCUAUGUUUAGAGACAAAACCGGGUACCUACUCGUUGAGCCAGCUCAUAUGGAGUUGGCAGAGCCAACGAUAAGAGAUGCAUUUGGUUUGUGUGUUCAGAGAGGGGCAAAUCGUGUGAUUGUAAGCCCAUUCUUUCUCUUCCCUGGAAGGCAUUGGUACCAGGAUAUCCCAUCGUUAACUGCUGAUGCUGCAAAAGAGCACCCUGGUGUAUCAUAUAUGGUAACUGCACCACUGGGCCUGCACGAGCUGCUUGUGGAUGUUGUGAAUGAUAGGAUCAAACACUGCUUGAGCCAUGUAGCAGGAGAUGCAGAUGAGUGUGCUGCUUGUGCUGGAACAAGCAAGUGCAAGCUUUAUUGACUCAUGGAAGUAAAAAUUAAGUUUUUGGGAUUGAAUAUUGGGAGGGUUCCCAUUUUGGUGAAAGUUGAGAUCUUAGCAUAGGAGUUACACAUGUUAAUGCAAAUUGUUGCAUUGUAACUUUAUUCUUUUCCCAUCUUUCUGGAUGUUCUGUCUAUAAUUUAUGCCACUCUUCCUUUCCAGGCACCUGAUCAAACAUGAUUUGUAAAAUCUGAUGUGCAAUAAAGAUUAAGUUAUUUGUUGGUAUAAA